CACACACACACACACACACCACGACUACUGGUGCGCCACACACUGUUCACUGGUUCCCAUCUCUGGUGUUGAGCUUGGUACGUAGUAUCCACAGUUCCCAGUGUUAGCGUCCUUACUGACCCUCGACUCGCCGCUUGGACGAAUGAGCGCAUUGCUGCAUAGUGUAAACCUGAAACGCGUGGAAGCGGGGCGGCGCCAUGCGCGCUCUCUCGCACUUCACUCGUCCACGCACGUAAAUGACUAACCUGAAACUAGAUUUGCCUCCACGGUCGGUGACCCAACCUGCAGGACUCAGCGUUAGGCAACAACAAUUCCGCAUGCUGCAAUGGAGAGCGCACGCAGAGACACGUUUUUGAUAACUGGAGGCUGCGGCUACUUCGGGUAUCGACUGGCAUGCUCACUCUUUAAAGAAGGAGCCAAAGUCAUCCUGUUUGAUAGAGCUCCUCCAAGCCAGGACACGCCGGAGGGCAUUCUGUUUGUGCAGGGUGACGUCCGUGACUACGCUCAGGUGGAGGAGGCCGUCGCAGGCGUGGACUGCGUCUUCCACAUCGCCUCCUACGGCAUGUCCGGCAGGGAGCAGCUGAACCGCCGUCUGAUCGAAGCCGUGAACGUCGGCGGCACGCGGAACGUCCUGAAGGCCUGCGUGGCGCGCCGGGUGUCCCGGCUGGUCUACACCAGCACCUUCAACGUGGUAUUCGGUGGCCAAGUGAUCGAGAACGGAGACGAGCGCCUCCCCUACCUCCCGCUCCACCUCCACCCCGACCACUACUCCAGGACGAAGUCCCUGGCAGAGAUGGCAGUGCUGCAGGCGGACGGCACGGCGCUGAGGGGCGGAUCUGGGCUGCUGAGGACUUGUGCACUGCGUCCAGCAGGCAUCUAUGGGCCAGGGGAGCAGAGGCACCUCCCCAGAGUGGUCGGCUACAUAGAGAAGGGGCUCUUUCGGUUUGUGUACGGGAAGCCCAGCAGCCUGGUGGAGUUCGUCCACGUGGACAACCUGGUGUCGGCACACCAGCUGGCUGCACAGGCUCUGGCCCCGGAGAGGCAGCACUGCUCUGCGGGCCAGGCCUACUUCAUCUCCGACGGCAGGCCCGUCAAUAACUUUGAAUUUUUCCGCCCUCUGGUAGAGGGUUUGGGCUAUGCCUUCCCCACAACGCGACUCCCCGUCUCCCUCGUGUACUUCCUGGCCUUCCUGACGGAGUUGAUUCACCGCCUCGUCGGCCCCUUCUACAAUUUCCAGCCGCUGCUGACGCGCACGGAGGUGUACAAGACGGGCGUGACGCACUACUUCAGCGUGGCCAAAGCCAAGGCGGAGCUGGGCUACGAGCCCCGGGAGCACGACCUGGACGAGGUCGUGCGGUGGUUCAGGAGCAGGGGCCACGGGAAGAAACCCCGGAGCGCCCCCCUCGCCUCACUGCUCCUGGACCUCCUGAUCGUCGCUGCCUUAGUUGCUGUGCUCCUCUCUUUCCUUCCAGUCGCUGGUGCUUGAUGAGCAACUAAAGUAUUGUUUUGGUGAAACUUUUUUCAUAGGGUUCUGCAGGAUGUAGUUGGCUGUACCUCAUUCUUUAGCAGCUGUUAUAUGGUAUGAUUAAGAAAUGCUUUUAAAAACUUCAUGUGUUCUGUAACUGUUAUUUGUUGUUAGAAAUGUUCUAAGAACUGUUAUGAAUAAAAAAGCACAUCCAAAUAUUUUUGAUUGUUUUAAAAGUAUAGUUUGUGUAUUUUUUUGUUAUUCAAUUGGUAUCAUUGUACCUGAUUUAGUAUUGUAUGUAACAUAAAAUAAGCAUAAAACAAUCUUCUCUGAUCUAA